AGACAGAUGGCUGGAUGUUCCCUCCCUGUUGCCAGGCAGAACAGAGGGAAGCUGGAGAAAUGAGGGUGUUGAUUCAUGACAGAAACAACUUACUUUUUUGUGUGUAUGUCUGCUUAUGUACAUGUGUGUGUGUUAACACACACUUAGCGGUAAUUCCGUGUGUCCUUUCCCAGGUGAACUUGGUGCUGAACCUUGAAGGUAGUGACCAGCUUGCGGAGAAGAGUGACCGCGGGGAGUUUGUGAGCCUGCUGAAGAGGAUGCUGAUGAUCGACGCAGAGCACAGGGUCCUCCCUGCAGACGUCCUCAGUCACCCGUUUGUCACCAUGCAACACCUGCUCGACUUCCCCCAUAGCAACCAGGUUAAAUCCUGUUUCCACAUCAUGGAUGUGUGCCGCUCUCGUCCUGGUGUCUAUGACUCGGUGAGCAGGAACAAAGCCCCGUUCCUCCGCCCCGUGACCUCCUCCGCCGCCAGCCUCACGGGGCCCUUCAGCAAGAUGGCCGGCAUCCACACUCAGGCUCUAGCCCCCUCCGCCCCCUCCGUGAUGCAUCCUGGGAUACCUCUGCAGACAGGAAGUGGCCAGUUUGGGUGCAACGAGUCGUUCCCGCAGACUCUGAUCCUGUGCCCCCCCCUCCAGGGGAUCCCCAGCAGUGUUGCCAAGCCGACUGGCUAUUCUGUCCGCAUGGAGACGGCUGUUCCCCUGGUAACCCAGGCCCCGCCCAUCCAGCCCCUGCAGAUCAGAGCCGGGGUCAUCACACAGCAGGCCUGGUCCAAUCGGGCGCAGCAGAUCCUGGUUCCUGCCUGGCAGCAGGUGACCCCCGUGGCCCCUCCCACCACGCUGGCAUCCGACUCUACUGGCCCCCAGAGGCUGGGAGACUGGGGGAAAGUGCGUCCCCAUGGCAACCAUUACAACUCCAUGAUGCCCCACCCCCAGAGGCUCAUUACCAACCAGAUGACCAUGUCCGCCCACCAGCCAAUCAGCAUAGGGAUCGCUCAUGUAGUGUGGCCACAGCCUGCUGCCAACAAGAGAAACAAGCCCUGCACCACCAGGUCCAACACCUUCUCCUUCCCCACCAACGCCCCCAGCUCGACCGGCCCGUCCCCCAAGAUGGCCGACACCCCCCAGAACCUGCAGGAGGCGGGGCCGGGGGUGCGGCCUGUCGCUGGGGAGGCGGGGCCGGAGGCGGAGCCUAGCUGCUGUAAGGCAGAGGCUGAGUCUGGGAGAAUAUCGUCAUCUCAGCAGCAGCGGCCGACCCUGACGACCUCUGACCCCUGCAGCCCUGCCGCCAGCAUCAUCAGCAUCAGCAGCGAGGAAGAGGAGGAAGGCUUACAGAGACAUUCACUGGAGUGUAAGGGCAGUGUGGAGUGUGAGGCGUGUCAGAGCACUGUGAGCAUGGAGAGAGUGUGUUCUCUCAGCAGCCCAGACAGCACCUUCAGCACCAGCUCCUCCACCUCCACACAGUCCCACUGCUCCCCCUGCUCCCCCUGCAAGCAGCCCAACAGCAUGUCUGAUGACGAGCAGGAGAGCGGCUCCCCGGUCUCCGACUCAUCCGGCCACGGCCGGGCCAGCCCCUUCGUCCCGCGCCGCUACGUCUCCAACGGCAACCAGGCCGGCGAGCCGCGGGUGGCGUGCGUCGCCCCGGUGACGGAGGGCAGUAGGCCGGUCGUCAGGACGAUGGUGGUGCCGCCCAUGAGGAACAACAACCCCAGAGACACACUGGGGAACACGGUGUUAGAGUCUUCUUGCCAGUUCAAAGGUCGAGGUGUUCCGGGGCGGCAGCAGCACCACUCCACCCCUCUGCUCAGCCGUCCUCAGAAGAUCACCGCCUUCCGGCCCCAGCAUCAGCCCCUGGGCUUUGGACAGGUCCCUCACUUCACCACCUGCCACCAGGACUGGAACAGCAACUACGGCCGCCGGCCCCAGGCCUACAUCCCCCCCACCCUGCAUGGGCACCCCUUCACCCUGCCCCACGGCAGCCCCGGCCACACUACCGGCCCCCACCCCCACCUGGGGGGCCACCCCCCGCCCACCCUGCUCUCCUACCCCCCCCCUGGGCCCCUGGGCCCGGCCCCGCCCAUGGCCCACCUCCUGGCCUCCCCUGGGUCCUCGCGCGCCCUCCUGCAGCCCGCCUACAGCAUCUCCCACCCUGCCGCCCUGGUGCACCAGGUCACAGUGGGCAUCAACCCCCAGCUGCUGCCCUCGCCCACCCUGCACCCCCAGGGGCAGUUCAAGCCCAUCUACCCCCAGCUGCUGCCCUCGCCCACCCUGCACCCCCAGGGGCAGUUCAAGCCCAUCUACCCCCCGCACUCCUUCAUCUCCAGCUUCCCUCUCAGUCCCACCAAAAUCAACCAGUACCCCUAUAUCUGAUCUCCGGGUGUCUGGUCUGGAGGGACAUGCCCCCGGGGUACCCCUCUCCUCUCUGGGGCGCCUGGGGGGUGGGGGCCCCCCUCUACGAACACGCUAGCAGCAACAACAACAACAUGGUUCUCCUCUCUGAAGCCAUGGCACAACCACAGAGAAAGCAAACUAUUUUUUUGAAUCAUGUAGACUUGGGUGCAAUUGAACUCUGAGCUUUAAAAAUGAGUUUGGGUGGGAGGGGGAGGGGGGUGGCGGGGGGGAGUGUUGGAAAAAGAAGUAUGAAGGGAAGAAGGAAGGAAGAGAUGAAAGAAGGAAGAGUGAAAGAAAGGAGGAAAAAAGAAUGAGUGAAUGAACGUGUAGACGGAAAUGAAACAAAACAAACAAACUCACACUCGAUGUGUUUUGCACAUUUGAUAUACCUUCACAUUGGAUCUUACACAGAUACACCCUCCUCAGAAACAGAUGGGGGGAGGGAGGAGGGGUGGGGGGGCAGUAGAGCAGUCAGACUCCAGAGCCCCUCUCUUGAUGAGCCCAGAUAUUUUUCUAUUGCCUUCUAACAUGUGCGAGACACAUCCGUACUGGUCAAGCCAUCCCCGUCCAGCCCUCGACCCUAACCCUCGACCCUAACCCUCGACCCUAACCCUCGACCCUAACCCUCGACCCUAACCCUCGACCAGCAGGUCACCACGUUGUCUUGUGUGUCGUACAACGUUUGAAGUAUUUGUACCCCUUUUCCAUGUCUUUGGUGUUUGCAACGUCGAGUCCACUUAGAGCGAUCAUAGCUAGGGGUGCUCUUCACGCAUGUACCUGCAUGAGCAGAGAAACGGGACCGUGCGGUCAUGUGACCGGGCAGACACGUGACCGUGCGGUCAUGUGACCGGUGGUGUUCCCAGACUCUGUGGGUUGCAUAACUGUCCCUCAGCCAUAGUGCCUUAUAUAUUUGAGGUUGUUAAUGUUACUACUUAUAUAUGAACAUAUACAUGAAUAUAUUAAUGUACUGGACUGCAGCACUUGAAAUUCCAAUCAGUCAAUGCAUCCUGUGUGCGUGAAGAGAGAGAUGGUGCGCACUGGGAAGGAUCCAUGCAGAGCCUGCAUGGACAUGUUGGAUUGCGGAUAGCGGUGCUUACCCUCUUUGGAUUUGGUGUGUGUUUUAGCGUGUAGUGAGUACCUUUUCUGUUCCCAAGGGAACGGCAUGCUUUGCUGUAGCGAAUGCUCACUGUUCCGUUUUUUUAAACAUCUUGUUUCAGUUGGUUAGGUUUUGUCCUCCCUCUCUGAAUGAACUAGUGUACAAAGAGCAAGCAUUGAAUAGUGCUUAGUAUUUGAUAAUCAAUUUCUAUUUAGUCAAACUCUUACUACUAACAGUAUUUGUACUGUUUGAUGAAACUGCAAUACAAUCUAAAUAGUUGUUGUUUUGGGGUAAUUUUUUGUAGUCUUUUUUGCUUUUUUGUCUUAGUUUUUUCGACUGUUAAGGUGUUUUUUGCGUAUUGAUUGAGUUUAAAAAAACUAGAUGUUUAGAAGUUUGGUGGGCAUGGCUUUGACUAGGUGAGGACAAAAAUGCAAAUUAUUCAUGGUAUGAAUUCUACAUAGGCUGAGCAGACCAUGCAGUAUUUGAUAUAAACACACGUAUAUAUAUGAAUAUAUAUUCUAGAUCUUGUCUAUUUAGUGCAGACGCUUAAUACGGUGUGAGUUAAUUGUGUGCAAUUCUCUCAUUUAUGCAUGUGUGACGAAGUUAACUUUUUCCCUUUACAUUAUCCCAUUUGUUUAAAGCUUAUUGGUGUCGACUGCUUAUUUUAUACAUUCCGUCAGGGAGAAUAUAUAUAUGCUGUGUGCGUUUUGUUUCCGUUUUUGCCAGUUCUGUGCGUAAGAUUUUGUCUUUACUUUCAAAUGAAGUUUCUUGUGCAGCACCAAAGACUGUAAUUCAUUUCCUGAGGAAAGUCUAGGCUCAGGAUAUAAAGGGUGAGACAAUGACGUCACCACUACGCGGAUGUUGGGAUUUCAUGGGACCAGCGGUGACUCGUCACCUAGCAACAGAACCCUAAAAUUAGCUCAAGGCUAGCUGUCGUAGCCGCAACUAAAGUAUGCAAACGAUUAAGUCACCACACAAUUUAUAAAAAUGCCUUUGAUCCAGUUAAAUUCUACAUAAUAACCUACUGUGUUACGUACAUCCACUUUGAAGCCAAAUUUAGGAAGUCUUGCCUUUAAUGCAUUCAGUUAGCCAAAGCUGGCCCAUGUCGCCGGUGUCCAUGAGGAACCUACCUUCGCUGAAGUUUCACUCAUAGACCGUAAUAGACGUGUCUCAUCCUUUAUAAAUUGAUCCUAGAGCAAGGUAGCUAUUCUGCUUGCAAAGCCUCAUGAAUACUGUAGCCUAGUCGUAGAAAUGAGUUUCAAUAAAAAAUAUGGUAAUCGGGAAAAAAAAGACAAAUGGCUGAGGUAAUGUCUAGCUUUUCGGGCAAUUAAUAAGUCGUAUACUUUUUCUUGAAUGUAUCAUAGAUAAGCUGCUAUAAAUGAUGAUUGCCACUUCAAUAGCUGUGAAAUUAGGUGAUUUCUUAUUUCAAACCCAUAGCGUUCUUAUUUUUGUAUAGGUCCCUAAUUAUCUGAAAUAGAAGUGGUUUUGAUUUUAGUGUUCAGCUUCCAUGUUCGGAGUGUCAUUGUAACUACUGUAUUGCUGAUAAUGAACGUUAGUUGCGUUCGUUACGUUUGGGUGUGUGUGUGUUUUGCAUCAGUAUUUUACCUUUAUUAACCUUUUUCUGGCUCAUCACUGCAUAUACAUGGAUGUAUCGACGUAACUUAAUUUUUGUAUGUUUUCAUAUUGGCGUUUUGUAGACAUGUAAAGCUAUAGCUUGCAGGAUUGAUUUAACGUUAUUUUUUUUCAUUAUGGUAAUUCAGUAUACCGUAUGCUAACUGAAAUAUCUUAUAUGUAGAACAGGAGCUGUAUCUGAUGACAGGAUAUGUAUUCAAUGUGUGUUAUGAAAUGCUUCUGUAACAGGUUUCCCCAGAUACCGCACCAGUAAGCACUUCUGGCUGGUGGACUCCUAACCCCCCCCCCCCCCCCCCCCUCCCUCCCUCUCCUGUCAACACGCAUCUGACAGCGUAGUUUAAUCAAAGAAAUUGGUUUGAAAAACUAAUUGUUUUAUCACUUCUAACUUUUGAUUUUCCUUUAUCUAAAAAUGAUUGAUUUUGAUUUUUUUCUCUAAACGAUCUAUUCAGGGUUAUGCCCGCGUGUGGGUGGCCCUGCGUCAGAAAGAAACGGGAGAAUGCCUUCUGUUCCUGUAGGCCCGAUGGAUUAUUCCUGAUUGUUAUUGUGCUCCCUUUCAUGCUUCUUUUAACGUGGUGUUUGUCAAUGUAAUUCCACGGCCAUUGUUUAGUGUUGCUUUAUCGAUGUUGAGACAGUGUAAACAGCACUGUGUUUGUGCCUUGAGAAUAAGAUGGUCGAAGACGAAGGAGUUGGGGAGAACAUUGGGAGGGGGGGAUGUCUUUCUCCCUCCCUUUCCCGCCCCCUCCAAGAUGGAGGGGAGAAGGAGGGAUGAAAGGUUGUUGAGAGGUCGGAGGCAUGGGGAUCUGACACAGAAAUCCACCUUCCAGGGCUAACAGUUCCAGCUAAUGGGUUCUUGACCAAAACUCAACCGAGGCUACAAAAUCUGUAGGGUUUCAAACGGGAUAGAGUCCAUGACAGUGAUCGGGAUCACUACCCCCUCCAUCCGCUUACAGCCGUGACUGGAGAGAGCAAAGACAUGGUGGUUUAUAGAUACCCCGUUUUAGCUGCCCGCCACCAAAGUCACACAUGUCCUUGCUCACAGAUAAACCCAAGACACCGACACAAGGUCUUUGAGCGAUAUGACAUUUCCGGAUCCUUGCUAGUCACCCUACCCGAACAACUAAUGCAAUACUUUACAUAGUGCAUCACUAAGUGUUCUUAGAUGUCCUCAUGCUAGAUGUUGUUACCUUGCAUGUACACCUAAGUCAGUUUCACUUAUCUGCCUACAAACACAGACGUCAGUUUCCCUAGACUGUAAACAAACACCUUGCAGCUGCGACUUAAAAAUGCGCACAGUGUCGUAGGCUAUAUGGUGGCUUGACUGUGGACAGAAACGUCUGAGGACAUGUUCCAGUAUGUUCCCCUCAUAGAAACCUUUACUGUCAAAGCUCGCCAUUCGUAAGAUUAUGGUUAUAACCUGACUGACUAUAGUCAUCGCUCACGAUCGGAGGAGUUAAGUAGGUAAGCGGAAUGUUAUUGUGACGUGGUUGAGAUGUUAGCCUACUUGCCUUUUGUCAAAGAGCUCUGUUGAUAUUAUAGUGGCUAUUCUUCAGCCGUCCUGGAUAAGGUUGUUCGCAUUUCAACACCAAAAAGUAGCUGUUUGGUUUGACGGCUCUUCUUUUUUUUGUUCACCGUUAUUUAGUGUUGACACUGAUGUGGUUCGUCAGACGAGACAGUUGACGCGACAGCAACGAGGCAUGAGCUUGGUAGAUUCCAGUGCUUCAAGUAUGUGCUCCUGUAGUUAGCAUGUGAAAUGUAAACUGUGUUUCAAUUCCUGUAAUGGUAUUCACCAGCAAUGCGCCUGCACAAACUCUCCCACACUUAAACCACGAUGGAUGCAAAGGAAGAGAAAUCUGUUCGACUGUUUAUAUGUCGCAAAUGACUGGAUGGAUUCAUAACAGUUUGAGGAUUCACAACAUUUAUCCGAUCGACAUAAUAAUAAUAAUAAUAAUAAUACAGAACCAACACAGCAGUUUUGUGAUUUUGAAUUAAAAAACCUCUGCUGCCGUAUUAUCCUUUAGAGAAGUCUAUUCAGGGUCUAUGUAUUAGUCCAGUGUGCUACUGUUUUUAAAUCUUUAAUCCGUGUUAUUAGUUAUUGGGGAUUCUUUUUUGGUCACUUUUCAAAUUGUGUGUUUUAUCUUUCAGGUUUUCUGAUCUACUGUGUCAGUUUAAAGUAAAUUCACGCUGCAAGUUAUAGAAUCAUCUGUUUAGGUCGUUCAUCGAACUUCAUAAUUAAAAUCCGAACCGUUACUGUUUUAAUACCUGUAGAUUUUUUUGUGGCUUUGGCCCCCCCUCCUUCUUUCCCUUUUUGGUUACAUUUUGCUUUUUGGUUUUGAUGCUACACUAGUUUGCCAUGUAGCAAUUGCACUGUGCAAUAUUUACAGUAUGAGGACUGGGAAAACGAGCUGUGGUUGUGACGUCUCUGUACAGUUCGCGAUAGACUCCUCUAGUUCUCAGUGAUUUAGGUGUGACCAAGCCUUCUUUACUUAGUCACAUUAAGCGGGUUUCCAGGUGACUCUUUUGGUGAGUGUCAAAAUAAGACUUUAUGGUGUAUUAUUGUCAAGAUUCACUUUGAAUUAAAAAAAAAUCUAUUGCUGCA